AUGCUACGUACAGCUCUGACUUUGUCCGAUAAAGUUAAACUAAUCGAGUUGAAAGAGACACAAAAACUAAGUACGAAGGAACUUAUUACUAAAUUUAAAUGUGGAAAAACUCAAGUUUACGACGCGAUAAAAAAUAAAGAAAAGAUUAUAGAUGAAUGGGUGAAUAGCAAAAACUCGGGAAAGAGUAAAAGAGUGAAAACUCCUUCAUAUGAACAAAUUGACCCUAGAGUUAAGCAAAAAUUAUCAAGACUCAUUGCUGGAUAUGAAGCAAAAGACGUGUACAAUGCUGACGAAACGGGUCUUCUUUUCAGAGGUAUUCCUACUAAGUCACUAGUACUGAAAAGUGAGUCUUGUUCUGAAGGGAAAAAAGCAAAGGAUCGCAUAACAGUGCUCAUGUGCGGUAGUAUGGCUGAAGAAAUUAGGAAGCCAUUGGUAAUUGGCAAGCCUAAAAAACUACGGUGUUUUAAGAACAUGGGCAUUUCUUCAUUACCUGUCAUAUGGAAAUUUAAUAAAAAAGCCUGGAAGACAACAGAGAUAAUGGAGCAGUGGUUGCGUUAUUUUAACGCAGAUAUGCGAUCUCAGAAUAGAAACGUCCUAAUAUUCUUAGAUAAUGCUGCAUGUCGCCCAAAGAUCGAGCUAUCUAAUACGAAAAUGUUUAUGCUGCCCCCAAAUACCACAUCGAUUACCCAACUAAUGGAUCAAGGAGUGAUUUACACGUUCAAGUCUUACUAUUGUAAGUUUUUGCUACAAUCGUUAUUAUGCAUGAUGGAUAAUUGUUCUUCAGCUCAUCUGUUCCCUAAAUCGAUAAGUAUUUUGGAUGCUGUCAACUGGAUAGCGUUGGCUUGCGAUAAUGUAAAGGCUGAAUGCGGCAAAAUUGUUUUCGUAAAACCUAGUUCUUUCAAAUGA